GUUUCGUGGUGGGUCAGGCAGGUUUAUACCAAUCCCUGGCGAUGUUCCUGGUGGCCUACUUCAUCAUCGGUAUGACGGUGCUGUCGGUGUGCGCCAUCUCUACCAACGGGGCUCUGGAUGCUGGCGGGGCCUACUACAUGAUCAGCCGGGCGUUGGGCCCCGAAUUCGGUGGAAGCAUCGGCAUCAUGUUCUUCUUUGCCAACGUUUGCGGCAGUGCCCUCUACAUCUUGGGCCUGGUGGAGGCCGUGGUGGAUGACUUUGGCAGCCCAACAGAGGGGACUAUUGGGUCGGCCACACAGGUCCUGCCCCGCGGUUAUUGGUUUGACCUCCUGUACGCCACGGUCCUCCUGUUCCUGUGUCUUCUUGUCUGCCUUGUGGGCGCCGGCAUCUACGCUAAGGCCACCUUCCUCAUCUUCCUCAUCGUCAUGGUGGUGCUGGGCACGGUCUGCCUCAGCUUCUUUGUCGUGGGCGUCCGGGUCGUGGGGCUUCCCGCCAUCAGGGAGGGCAAUCACACCGAACUCGUCAACGCGUCCUUCACCGGAUUCAAACUCAGCACCCUCCUGGAUAAUCUGCAUGAGCUGGCCAACCUGGCUUUCCGUGGCCGGCUGCAGUUAUCCCACAUUGAACAGGUCAGAGGCUUGUGA